AAACAAGGUAGCGCAAUCACGUUUGCAGUGCACACGCAAACUGUGCGCGCGACCACACAUUGGGAACAAAUGGCCAACUGCGCCAUGUGGCCGGCCUCUUACUUCCGACCUUUUGUCCGGACAUCAGUAACUCCACACUUUGUCCGAAAUCAACCCCCCAAGGAAAAUCUCCGCUACGAAUCAUGGACUCACAGAAUACCGCCGCAUCGUCGGAGCCAGUCUCCGUUCCUGCAGACCACCAAGAUCCAAACCAUCCUCACUGUCCGCGCGACUUGGAACACCAGUCAGGUACUCAUCGUUCCGCGCUCUUGAAGAAGCGUGUUCUCUUCGCUGGUGGUGUUGUUACGACAGUCUUUGUCAUCAUUGCUACCGCCAUCUUGGGCGUGGCUCUCACCCGGAAGCACGACGACAAGCCUAUGGAUGCGCCUAUAUUUACUAUGGCUGCAAAUGCUACGAUCUCAGCUCCUGUUGAGGUCCACACAGUCUCUGUAAACGCCACCACGACUGUCUACUCGACGACUCGUAUGCCGUUGCUUGUUGCUCUAUCGCUGGCCACUUCCACCAUUGUUCUCGCGGUACCCCAGACACUAGACGCGCCGCUCCGUCCAGUUGCGGCCGAGACUAUUUUCGCAGCGCCGACCCCUAGUGUGUCUGCACAUUCCGAAGCUCCGGUCGGUGACAUUUCGAUCACCGAAUGCUUCUUCAGUGGAGCUUGGGCGUUGAAGGAACAAUGUGUAAAGCACUGCCCUGCACGGAACGAUCACGAAAUGCGCUGUGAGAUCAGUAAGCGGACUCAGUGGGUGUGUGUACCUUGCCCCUCUGAAUCUUGAGUAGUCCGGGACGUUCGCGAGUCGGCAUCGUUAUCUACGGUCCCAUACGCUAUGUAUGAUAGUAAGUCAAACCGGUUAAGACAUUGAUCUGAAGCUGUACACUGUGCGGUAUGAUACAUAUACUGAUCCAGUGCUGUGUGAUUUUGAGAUGCAGUAUGUGGUCAUAGUCUGGCGAGUUCACAACCCAUGGUCACAUCUUGACAUUGUGCGUGCACAGCGCCAGCAGCGCUGUGAAUACGAAGUGCUUAGAAGCGG